AAUGCGGUGGAGAUGUGAGGGACGGCGUUUCGGGUAUCCAUGGAAGUGGGAUACAGCUGUAUUCUGGGAGAUAACGAAAAGAUAUUAAUUGGGUAGGCGGAGUCGCGUCGGAGUUAACAUGGUGGCAGCCAAUAGAGAGGAACAUUUGCACCUGGCUGUUGGCCCAGCCACCAAUCCCGGGGCUGGCCCAACAUGGCCAUCCAGGCGGUAAGGCUCCAUGUGUUGUUCAUGUAGUCAACAUCGUGUAAGUGUCAACAUUACUAUCAAGGCUUCCUGUUCGCCUUCCCUGCGUGCUCAUGGGAACUCCUGCGAGCGUAGUACCUCGUGUGAGCGAACUACGGCGCCGUGUUGGUGUGAAAUAUUGACUGCUGGAGAGAUAGAGCGAGGCAUAGCGCCGGGGAUGGUAGCGCUGGGGACGGAGUAGCGCAGUGACGAUGCUCUACUGCUGCAGCUGCUGCUGCUGCGCCGCCGCCGCUGCUGCUGCUGCUCUGGCGGCUGGCGAUUGUCAUGAUUCCCACGCCGUCUACCGUCAUUCACACGCCUACACGCCCCAAGUUGGGCUUUUCUAUUGACAGCAUCGUCGGGCGUGGAAGGGUAGAACCCAGGGAGUCACCGCCCCCCUCGCCAGGCUCCCCCAGAGGGAGCCCACGCCCCAGGAGCCCCCUGGCGCCUCUCCACGACCUGCACAAGACGCAGGUACGCAUACCGGAGCCCAUACACCCGCUGGUACCCACGUCAGUGCCCACGUCGCUAGCCCACCACCCGGGUGCCAUCCCGCCCCUGCAGGCCUUACCAGGCCUGCACAUGCCACAAGCCCUACACCUAGCAGCCCUGCUGCCCCCCGGGGCUGCCCAUGGCAUGCACCAUAGUGUGCCCCCGGUGUUACUGGGCCAGAUGCCCCAUCUGGGCACCCCAUUACCACCGGCGCCCGGACCCAGGGAGUUCCCGCUGUACCCUUGGCUUCUCUCACGACAUACGAGGCUCUUCGGCCACAGGUUUCCAGGUCCUGACUUCCCCACGUUCCUGUUGCCGUUCCGUAAGCCUAAGAGGAUCAGGACGGCGUUCAGCCCGAGUCAACUGCUGAAGUUGGAGCAAGCUUUUGAGAAGAACCAGUACGUUGUGGGCGCUGAGAGGAAGCAACUAGCGCAGUCUCUCAACCUCUCAGAAACACAGGUGAAGGUGUGGUUUCAGAACCGGAGGACGAAGCACAAGAGAGUGCAGCAAGAGGAGGAGCAGCAAUCUGGCGGAGGUCAGAAGAAGAGCAACCCCAGCAACAGCGCUGAUGGUGGCAAGGGCGAGUCUGGCAAGACCGACGAUAAGGACGACCUCUCCAUGAUCGAGUACGACGAGGACGACGUUAUGAGCGACGAUGACUGUGAUCUUCGAGGCCAGGACGGCAGUGCGCAAUCCUAGAAACCGCAAGAGCUGCACGGAGGCGUGUGUACGUGUGCGUGUGUGUGCGUGGGAGGGAGGGGCAGUGUUGAUGUCCGUGGGCACGUCGUCAGUGACCAAUCUCGGUGCUUUGGAAACGGACCAGAGAAUCCGAAUUGAAGAGAAAACUAAGCUGAGGGGCGAAUGUGUUUCCAUGAUGCUGGACAUAAGUGUACGCAUUACAACAUGGUCUGGAAGAGCCACAUGUGAAGAAUCAGACACAUGUGCAACAACCGGGUAUCUUUAUUUGUAGACGUUUCGCCAUCCAGUGGCUUUAUCAAUACAAUACAAGGACAUAAUAUGUAGGAUGUAGAACUAUGCAAAACAUGAGGUAAUCAAUCCCUCAUCACCGUAGUCUUGAGGACUACAGUGCUGUUCACCAACUCUAAGACCGAGAGACUGAUUACCUCAUCUUUUGUAAAUAGUUCUACAUUCUUCACAUGAUGCCCUUGUAUUGUAUGGAUAAAGCCACUGGAUGGCGAUACAGAUACAAAUGAAGAUACCCAGAUGUUGCACACGUGUUUAAUUCGUCACCUUGUGGGCAUUUAUAUACAAAACCCACAGUACCCCGAGAGAGGGACAUCGUGCCAUUGAGCGUGUGCUGAACGAGGUGGGAACGAGAGAGAACGUCGAGUGGUGAACGUAAUCUAGUGCUCUGGAACAUUGGUGAAGGACGCUAGUCUCAACACAAUUCUUGUCAUCGCGAAGGAGGGGGAGGAGUCAGAUUAUUGUAAAAAGCCUCUGCAAUAAAAUAUAUAUAUAUA